AAGAUUUAGGAGCUUGAGAUCUUCAAACCUUGUGUAAUCAGUGAUUAUACGAAACCUAUAAGUGAACCACAGUGAUUUAUAUGAAUAACAAGUUCGAUAUGAUCUUGUGAUUAUAGUGAGCUAAAGAUUCUAAACCCUGUACCCGGAUACUGAACCUUGUACCCGGAUACUGACCCCUGUACCCGGAUACUGAACCUUGUACCCGGAUACUGACCCCUGUACCCGGAUACUGAACCUUGUACCCGGAUACUGACCCCUGUACCCGGAUCCUGAACCUUGUACCCGGAUACUGAACCCUGUACCCGGUUAAUAUGACGGGGAUAUUCAAAUCUAUUUUUCUUCUAUUAGUUGGUUCUAGAUGUUGUAUCUCCCAGAGACUGGAUUGUAGAUCUAAUGAUCUAAAUGCUUGUAUAAGACUUGCUGAUCCUCUACUCCAAGCAAACCAUGUCUUCCCUUCAACAUCUAAGGAUAUUGAUCACGUAUGCAAUGUUCUUUUCCCACAAACCUGGUCAAAAUUUGUAGAUUGCAUCAAACAGUACACUACAUCAUGUUUAUCACAAGAUCAGAGAGGAGAGUUUAAUAGAGCAGUGGGAGACAGUAUCAAUAGUGUACAUAAAAUGUGCACAAACGAGGAUUACAAAAAUGACUAUCUCCGGCAUGCUGACUGUAUCAAGGAGAAAUCUACGAACCCAGAGUACUGUGGAACCUACUACUCCAGGCUCCUGGGUCUAGUGAGGGGAGAUGCUCCUAUAGUUUCCCAAACAGAGAUAUGCUGUGCGCACAGUUCGUACAAGGAGUGCGUUAUUGCGGAGACAGAGGCCUGCCCUUGCACAGGAGACAAAUGUAGACAAGGAAUGGAAGCUACAGGGUUUGCCAGAGCAAUGCUAGACAAGGCCCUAGGGUUCCUACUCAAACAGUGUCAAUCAUAUGUGCCUGCUGAACGAGAUUGUCCAAUCUACAAGAGAAAACAGGAUAAAGAACCCAGGUUGGACGAGAACAACCAGAACGAUGGGAACAGGUAUGAUGAAGGUUCAUACUUCCCUAGUGGAAUGGCCGGACGGGACGAAAGGAGAGAGGACGACUGGACGAAUAUGAAUGGAAACAACAAUGGAGGUUUGGAGCCAGAUAACUCCAUCAUGGAUAGAACGGAGAAAACUGAAACCCAAACCUACCUAGCUCCCUCUAGCUGGGAAACAACCAUCAGUCCGUUAGUUGAACCUUUCAUUCCACAACAGCAGGAGGAUGAGCGCCGGAAACCCUGGUUUCCAUCAACGGAUAUCCGGUCUUUUGAUGAUAUAUUCAGUAAUGCAGUGGAUAAUACCCAGGCACAACUACUGGCUAGUGGAGCUAAUCAAUUCUAUCCUUCUAUAAUCAUCAUCCUUCCUCUUAUCAUACUAAUUAUACUUCAGUAAUCUGUUCCGUAGUUUGUUCAGUAACCCGUUCAUUAACCUGUUCAUUCAUCUGUUCAGUUAUCUGUUCAGUUAUCUGGUUCAGUUAUCUGGUUCAGUUAUCUGUUCAGUUAUCUGUUCAGUUAUCUGCUCAGUUAUCUGGUUCAGUUAUCUGCUCAGUUAUCAAGUUCAGUUAUCUGUUCAGUUAUCUGGUUCAGUUAUCUGGUUCAGUUAUCUGGUUCAGUUAUCUGGUUCAGUUAUCUGGUUCAGUUAUCUGCUCAGUUAUCUGUUCAGUUAUCUGUUCAGUUAUCUGUUCAGUUAUCUGUUCAGUUAUCUGUUCAGUUAUCUGUUCAGUUAUCUGUUCAGUUAUCUGUUCAGUUAUCUGUUCAGUUCUCUGUUCAGCUAUCUGUUCAGCUAUCUGUUCAGCUAUCUGUUCAGCUAUCUUUUCAGCUAUCUGUUCAGCUAUCUGUUCAGCUAUCUGUUCAGAUAUCUGUUCAGUUAUCUCUUCAGUUAUCUGUCUAGAUAUCUUUUCAGUUCUGUUCAGUUAUCUGUUCAGUUAUCCGUUCAGUUAUCUGUUCAGUUAUCUGUCUAGUUAUCUUUUCAGUUCUGUUCAGUUAUCUGUUCAGUUCUGUUCACUAAUAUGUUCACUUAUAUGUUCAGGUAAAUGUUCAGGUAUCUGUUCAGUAACCUAUUCAGCAUUCUGUUCAGGUAUCUGUUCAGUAACCUAUUCAGCAUUCUGUUCAGCAAUCUGUUCCAUUUUUUGUUUAGUAUUUUGUUCCGUAAUAUAAAUAGUGUGAACUGUUCGUAUAUCUGUUCGGUAAUCUAUUCAGAAAACCAUACAAUAAUCUGUUCAAAAAGCGGCUAUCAAAUUAUCGGUUCAGAAAAAUGCAGAGAAAUCUAUUCGAUCAAAAAACUAGUAAUCUGUUCUUGUUUAAGUUUACUAAAUCUUGUCGUAAAGAUUAAAAUAUUUGA